AGCAUAGCAUUGAUCUCCGAUCACCGACGAUGACGGCGACCGCCAUGGCCGCGACGGUGUCUCAGUUCUCGUGCUUCUCUGACACCAGUCGCAGCCUCCACCGGUCUCUUCGCUUCAAUUCCAAGUUAUCAGUUGUUAUGAGUCUCGAGAGGCAUGACACAAAUAUUGCUGGUUCUGAUGCCAAAAGUACACUGAGUUACGCUGCUGAAAAAGGUGAUGCCGAAAAAGUAGGGCUUGGAGGGACAGUGCUGGAAGGUCUCAGUCAACAAAAAAGGACUGCAAAAAUACAUGAUUUUUGUUUAGGCAUUCCCUUUGGUGGAUUUGUUCUAGGUGGGGGGAUAAUUGGAUUCCUUUUGACACGGAGUCUUACAACACUGAGCAAUGGUGUGCUCUUUGGAGGUGCUAUACUAUUGCUCAGCACCCUUAGCUUGAAGGUCUGGAGGCAAGGGAAAUCAAGUUUACCGUUUAUUCUAGGACAAUCAGCAUUGUCAGGGAUUCUUAUCUGGAAGAACUUUCAGAGCUACUCAUUGGCAAAGAAAGUAUUUCCUACUGGCAUCAGUGCUAUCUUAAGUUUUGCAAUGCUCUGCUUUUAUUUGUAUGUGCUUAUCUCCGGAGGAAACCCACCACCUAAGAAAAAUAAGUCUUCUGCUAACAUGGCAUCAUGAUGAGAAAACCACGGCUAUGUUAGCCUAUGUUAAUUGGCAUCUAUACCAAAAUUAUGGAACUUGACACAAAAGCUGAUUUAUAUGUUGUAGCUACCAAGAAAGGAAAUAUGAAACAUGGAUUGCUCCAAAAGCAAAGGUCCAAAUUGCUGCCAUUGAGAUGAUAUUGAUCGAUCAUUAUGUUAGUUAUAAGU